AUGGUAUUUUUUCCCGUAUUUCAAAUACUUCGUACCGUACCCAAUAAAUUAUUGGGCGUUCUUUUAAUGGUUUCAGUACCCGCGGGAUUAUUAACAUUACCUUUUUUAGAAAAUGUUAAUAAGUUCCAAAACCCAUUUCGGCGUCCAGUAGCAACAACCGUCUUUUUGAUUGGUACCGUCGUGGCUCUUUGGUUGGAUAUUGGAGCAACAUUACCUAUUGAAAAAUCCCUAACGUUAGGGAUUUUUUAA